AUGACAGGACACCCUACCUGUGGCCUCCGCUUGGGGCAGAGGCUGCAGGGAGAUCCGCCCCUUGCUGCGGCCACGCCGAGGGACGGUCCUCAGGAAGAGGUCUUCUGGCAGACUGCUGGCAAGUGCCUAGUGUGCAAGUUUGAGGUGCCCUCUGAAGCUGCAUCCAAAUAUCCUAAGCCACUGGUACCACUUGAGAAGCCAGCGAAGGAAGUAAUAUCGCCAGAGACAACCAGUACUUCUGAAAAGUUGGAGGUUGCACCACCAUCUCCAGGACAACUGAGACAUGUGUUCUUCCACAAUGCAUUACCUUUUGUAGGGUUUGGAUUUUUGGAUAAUGCAAUUAUGAUUGCUGCGGGAACCCAAAUAGAGUUGUCAAUUGGAGUUGUCUUAGGAAUUUCAACUAUGGCAGCUGCAGCUUUGGGAAACCUUGUUUCAGAUUUAGCUGGACUGGGUCUUGCAGGUUAUGUAGAAGCUUUAGCUUCACGACUGGGUCUCUCAAUCCCUGACCUGACACCCAAACAAGCCGAUAUGUGGCAGACCCGUCUCAGUGCACACUUGGGUAAAGCUAUUGGAGUGACCAUUGGCUGCAUUUUAGGAAUGUUUCCUUUGUUGUUCUUUGGCGAUGAGGAUGAAAAACUGGAAGAAAAAAAUUAAACUUUUUACAAGAUGUAUACAAAUGUAAACUACUGUACCUCAAUUAUUCAAUUAUGCUGUCAAUAUUUAGGAAUUAACAGACAGUAAAAAAUGUAUAGACUUGGGAACAAAACCUUCAGCAUGUUGUUUUAUGGAAACACUAAUUUAUUGUGGCUUUGUUGUGUUUGGUACUUCUUUUUAUAAGGUAUCAUCUAACUUUUUAUUUAAUUGUAAAUUUUUGAAGUGUUUUCACUUAUGGCAACUGAUGUUUACCACUCUUCCCUUUUACCUUCUUCUUUAAUGGUUUAUUACUUUAAUGAUCCACCACAAAUGACAGUAUCACUCACGAGUUGUGUAUUGGUUGCUUAACAGUUGUAAUUGCAUGACAAAAAUCUCACUGCUGUCCAUCAGGUCCUUCAAUGCAGAUUACUAAG